CGAAUUAACAAAUCAGUUGCGGCACAAUGUUUCAAUUAACAUUACUAUUGCUUGCUGCUGCUUUUCUCGGGACGUCAGGAUACCUUAUCAAGGUUCCUACGACACCAUGGCUGCCGAGAACAGUUCCAGUUCAGAAACAAGAAUGGGUGUAUUUUCAGAAGCGUUUAAUGCCUUUAUUCGAAAAUGUUUGCGAAGACAGUACUGAUUUACUGGUUGUUAGUUUAAGCAACGAUUUUGAAAAGGAUUACGGAAAUGAAAAUUAUCUGAAUCCUAAUGUGAUUACCACUUUACAAAACUAUAAGAGUUCAAAAGGAUUUUUACCUAAGGGUAAAAUAUUCUCUGAAUACAACCAAGAUCAUUUAGCUGAAUUGAAAAUUGUAUUCGAGGUUCUCUAUUUUGCUAAAGAUUUUGAAACAUUUUACAAGGCAGCUGCUUGGGCGAGACAAAAUAUUAAUUGUGGUAUAUACGUUGAUGCGAUUUAUCUUGCAGUCUUGAACAGAAAAGAUACUGAAAAAAUAUCGAUUCCACCACCUUAUGAACUACUUCCAAAUUAUUUUGUUAAUAAAGAUGCUAUUAUCAAAGGUUCAUUAUUGUUAUCGGAUGAAGAAUGGCUUAUUACUGAAAACGUACGUGAACAGGGCAACUCGUAUAUUGUUGAUGCUGAAUAUUCUAACGGCCCUUACGAAACUAAUCAAGAAUCUUUAACGUACUUCAAUGAGGACGUGGGUUUAAACACAUACUAUUAUUUGAACAAACUAAAUUCAUUGCCGUGGCUUAAUGUUUCAUUGGGUGUUCGUCCAAAAUUUGCCGAAAAUUUAUAUCACUCGUUAAAACAGCUUGCUACCAGAUACAACUUGGAAAGAUAUUCAAAUGGUCUACCAGAACAAGAAGAUUUUGACUGGAAUGCAAGAUCGAUCAUACCAUACAAUUCAAUGCUAAUUUACUCUAACGGUAAAGAAUUUAGACAAAGUAAUUUAGGUGAUUUACUUGAAAAUGAAGACUUGACACUACUACGUAAUAUCGAAGAAAAUAUUGUAACAGUUGCCACUCACAUGAGGGAGAAAGGCUUCGCAAAAGAAGAAAUUAUAAAUCAUUUAAUGGAUAUCCUGGUGAUAAGUAGUAAGAGCUACCAAAAUUUAGCGUAUAAGCUACUUGAUAUCAACAUUGGUUCCGAACCAAGGUUACCUACGGUGUUAGGACACUAUUUAACGACAGUAAGAGAUCCUAUAUUCUGGAAGAUUAACAAAAAAAUUGUGGAUCUAGUUGAUUGUGCUCUAAGUGUUUUACCGGGUUAUAACAGAAACGACUUAAUAUUUCCUGGAGUGGAAAUUGUGAAUGUCGAUAUCAAAAAAAUGAUGACUUCUUUCGAAUAUUUUGAAUUUGAUGCCACCGAUGCUCUUAAGACUUCGACAAGUAAUAGCAAAUUUUUGGUUAAGAUCGGUCAAUACAGAUUGAGUCAUAAACCAUUUUCAAUAAAACUUAACAUUUCGUCUUUAGUAACACAAAAGGGAUUUGCUAAAUUAUUUAUAAGUCCUAAAGUUCUGCCCGGUCAACUUGAUAAAAUGAAAAAUCAAUUCUUUUUGCUUGAUUGUUUUGAAAUUAACCUUAAACGUGGCAAAAAUAUGAUAACGAGGACAUCAGAACAGAUGAAACUAUCACCUGAUUUGACUUCAUUAAAAAUUAUAAAGAAACAGUUAGAAGAUGCAGAAUUUGGAUUAAAUUCUCUGCCACUUAAGACGUUAGAAUCUCAAACUGGAUUCCCUUCACGAUUGGUCCUACCUAAAGGCUCUGAAAAUGGUUUACCAUUCCAAAUAUUCGUCUUCAUAGCUCCGUACAUAAAGCCAGCAGUCAAUGGACGUUUUGGAAAUAUAGAAUAUAACUUCGAUGCUAUGUCGAAUCCGGGCUACCCUCUGGAUUUAAAAAUUAAUAUGCAUCAAUUACUUGAUCUUCCAAAUGCUCUUAUCAAAGACGUUGUUAUAACACAUAAAGUUGAAAAUAAACCUGUAAAAGAAGCAUUCGAUGCACCAGAGUCCACUAACACUUGGACAAGCAGUGAAAUUGAGCCAAUGGGAUUUUUAAAAUCAUCAGCACGUCCAAGUUUUAAUGCAAAUAAACAACCUUUUGAUUACAAAUCGAAAAGAGGUCAAUAUGGUAAAAAAGAUGACUAUUUGGCAAAAAGAACUAACUACAAAGAGGAUACACAAGAUCUUAUAGAAGUACCCGCAUCUUAUUUUACCGAUUCAAUUAAAAAUCAGUACCUAGAUGUAAUUGAAGAAAAUAUAAAGAAUACAAUUCCAGUCGAUGAAGACAUCAGUAAAACUAUAUAUAAAGUAAAUUCUAUGGAAACAGAUUUUUCAGAAAAACCUUUAAAUGAAGAAGAAUUUGACGCUAUUUUAAAAAAGAACAGUGAAAUACAAAAACCGCUAAGAAUUUUGAAAUUAUCAGCUCGACCUGAUUUUACUAUUAAGAGGGAACCUUUUGAUUACAAAUCAAAACGAGGUCAAUAUGGUAAAAAAGAUGAUUAUGCAUCAAAAAGGGGAAAUUAUACCAAAUACAGACAAGAUACAGAUACUAAAGAGAGUACAACAAAGAAUCUUAUAGACGUUACAACUAAUAAAGUGGUACGUGAUGUUGAAAUUAAAGUUAAAGAAGAUUUGAACACUAAUCUCAAGGAUUUCGAUAAAGUUAUAUCAAAUACUAAUAAGAAUGUUUUUAAAAACAUAGUUAAAGAGACAGAUAAUAGUGACAUUUUACAAAAAACCAUAACAGGGCUGAAAGACGAGUACAAAGUUGACGAUGUUGUGACUGAACCUGUUGUAGUUAUACAAACGAAGAAACGUAAUCCAACUGUAUACGAUUUUCUUUUUACUAAUCCUUUUGACAAUUCUGACAGUACUGAGGACAAAGUUUAUUAUUAAUUGUAUUUAACUGUUACUUGAAAUAUUUGUUAUGUUUUGGUUUAUUUAGUAAUACAGAUACAAUAAGAUGUAAAUAAAAAACUUCAUUAAUUUUA